ACAAAUCGAUAUUUUGUAAGCUCUCUCCCUCUCUCUCUCUCAAAUUUGUGAACUUUAGCUACUCGAAGGAGGAGCGAGCGUUCAAAAGAGUAGGCAGAGCUAAAGCGACUCAGCUUUUGCACGUAGAAUUAGAUGCGUGCAUAUGAUAUGAUGAGUAUCCUCGGAGGUCACCCUUGCAGCUGCUCCCUUGGAGUCUGGAAGCAUGCAUUCAGAGGAAGGUCUAGUGAGUUUCCAUAUUUUGGAUGUUACACUCAAGAUUUUUAUUUCAAAGGAAAAAGCUUUCUUCAAGUUCAAUAUGUUGAGACUCACUAUAAGCAACAGAAAAGGAAAUAUCAGCCUAUUGUCUCAAAUACAAUGGAAGAUGGGGCGGACUCUUUUGAGGGGUUUGACAAUGAUGAGUCAUCUGAAGAUGAAACUGAAACUAUGAACAGUGAAAUGCUUAGAGAAAAUCUUGAAAGAAUUGUUGGUAAAGAUGACUCUUCUUUUAGUGGAAUAGACCUGGCAAAUCUUAUUAGAAACAAGUAUGGAAGAUCCUAUGAUGUUCAACUAAUAAAGAAGGAGUUCAUGGGAAGAAAUCUCCUGGCUCUGAAUGUCAUGUGGAAGUACAUGGAGCAGAGAUCCUUUCCCCUGACUGAGGAAGAGUAUCUACUGAGGCUUGAUGAUGUGGCAAAUUCUUUGAAAUGUUGGGGAGCUGUCUCACAUAUCCGGAAUAGUCUAGCAAAAUUGAAAGAGAGACCUCGGAUAGGGAAGGCAGUCAGCAUUUUCAUCGACAUGGACGAGUCUGGAGGACGUACAGAUGAAUGGAUUUACAAAUAGAUUGUGUUGCAUGAACAGGCCAGAACAUAUAUCUCAGUAUUCAGUGAUAAUAUCCAACUUUGUAGCGUGCAUUCAAGGAACCAUAUAUUUGAUGGGCAUUGACAUUGUUGCUACUGUUGCCCGUUUGAAGGUUGUAGGUCUCUAUAUUUGAUUCGCAUUCGCUGGUAAAAUGCUGAAAGCUCGUUGUUUGGGGGAUGCCUGAAUCCUGUACCAUGUUGAAGCAAUUUACGCUAUUGGUUUCCUAAUUUUCACUGUUUUUCGGGAUAUAUGAUGUACACAUAGAACCUCUAUUGAAAUGUGAAGCCCUGUUCUAAAGUCCGGGCUUGCUCUCUUCUUAACCCUAGGGAAUAUUCGUGCAAAGAAAAAAGGAGCAAGCAUUGUUGAUCCCAUAAAUGUUUUUGUGUACAUACAUGACUAUAUUCUUCUUGGUUUCAAACUUGUUAUCACA